AUGAGGAGAGAUCAGAGAAGUCCAAAACAGAAUUCAAUUUUAAGUUCUCAAUAUGUUGUAUGCGAGGGAAGGUACAACUGCCGUUUUGAAGCACUUGAUCGGACGCUCAGGAAUCUUAUGUCAGUUACCGAUCAAUAUAAGACACAUCAACCAUUUGGUGGUAAGAUUGUUAUUCUAGGAGGUGAUUUCAGACAGAUACUUCCGGUGAUUCCAAAAGGAAGUAGACACGAUAUAUUAGCAUCCGCUAUUAACUCAUCCCAUCUGUGGUCAUUUUGUAAGGUUCUGAAAUUGCAUACGAAUAUGAGGCUUCUAAUGUCUUCUUCGGAUCAAGAUGAAGGUGAAAUAAAGAUAUUUGCUAAUUGGAUACUUGAUGUUGGAAAUGGAAAUAUUGGCUCUGUUGUUGGUGAUGAAUCAGAAGUUGAAAUUCCAGAUGAUCUAUUGAUUACAACUACUGAUGAUCCUCUAUCUCAUUUGGUAGACUUUGCAUAUCCAAAUUUGUUGCAAAACAUGUCAGAUUACAGAUAUUUUCAGAGUAGAGCAAUUCUUGCACCCACACUUAAGAGUGUCGAGAAGGUAAACAAUUUUGUCUUGACAAUCUUUCCAGGGAUGGAAAAGGAGUAUUUGAGCUCUGACACAACAUGUCAAGCUGAUGAGAAUGAAGAUGUAAAAUAA